AUGUUCAAUGAAACACAUCUAUCUAUCUAUCUAUCCCAGUUUCUUCAUUAUCUAUCUACCUCUCUCUCUAUCUGUUCCAGUCUAUUCAUUAUCUAUCUAUCUAUCUAUCUAUCUAUCUAUCUAUCAGACAUUUUAUAUCUAUCUAUCUAUCUAUCUAUCUAUCUAUCUAUCUAUCUAUCUGUUCUAGUCUCUUCAUUAUCUAUCUAUCUGUCUAUCUAUCUAUCUAUUCUUUUUCUUUCUCAUUACCCCGCACCGCACACCACUUUCAGGCCGCUCUUCACACUGCUUCUCCUUCUCUCUACUAAUCAAAUAUUUAUCUCUUUCCUAAUUAAUGAAUUCCUGACGAGAGUAUGCAAAGCCCUUACAUAUCUAUCUAUCUUAGCCCUUAUCUAUCUAUCUAUCUAUCUAUCUAUCUAUCUAUCUAUCUAUCUAUCUCAUUCUAUUCUAUAUAUGUAUCAGUCCUUAUCUAUCUAUCUAUCUAUCUAUCUAUCUAUCUAUCUCAUUCUAUUCAAGUCUAUAUAUGUAUCAGUCCUUAUCUAUCUAUCUAUCUAUCUAUCUAUCUAUCUAUCUCAUUCUAUUCAAGUCUAUAUAUGUAUCAGUCCUUAUCUAUCUAUCUAUCUAUCUAUCUAUCUAUCUAUGUCUUUCUGUUCAAAUCUAUGUAUGCAUGUUUGUAUGCAUGUAUAUAUCAGUCCUUAUCUAUCUAUCUAUCUAUCUAUCUAUCUAUCUAUCUAUCUAUCUAUCUAUUUCUGUUCAAAUCUAUGUAUCUAUGUAUCUGUUUGUAUGCAUGUAUAUAUCAGUCCUUAUCUAUCUAUCUAUCUAUCUAUCUAUCUAUCUAUCUAUUAA